AUGGAGAAACCAGCAGACGCAAGACAUACAGUGAACACAGCAGCUGCUGCUGCUGCCAUCGCCAAGCAUGCCAAGGACGAAGCAUCACCAUCACCCACAGCGACGCCGGCGAAGAAGCCUCGCGUCGGCGCUUCUCCUCACGCCGGGUCCUCUCCUGCUGAAGUAGCAGCUUCGCCGGGCUCAGCGCCAUUCGUCGCAGAUUUGGUUCCCGAUGAGACGAUCGAAGCCGACGACGAUGCGGCCAGCGACGACGGCUACGAGACCGAUUCAGCGUCGCGAGCCUCAACAUCAAUCUGCAGUACUGUGCGCGACUACGAAUUCGAGAACAACAGGCGCUAUCACCGGUUCCAAGAAGGGCGAUAUCAAUUCCCAAACGAUGAGCCAGAGCAGGAGAGGGAGGACAUGAAGCACGCCAUGAUAGUGCAUCUCUGUCAGGGGAAGCUUCAUUAUGCGCCGCUGGAAAAUCCGCAAAAGAUUCUGGAUGUAGGGACAGGGACGGGUAUUUGGGCCAUUGAUAUGGGAGACGAAUACCCAGAAGCAGAGAUUCAGGGCAUUGAUUUGAGUCCAAUCCAGCCGCAAUGGGUGCCGCCGAACGUCUCCUUCAUGGUUGAUGAUGCCGAGGCAGACUGGUUGAUCCCCCCUGAGUCUCUAGACUAUAUUCACAUUCGGCAUAUGACCUCGUCAAUACGAGACUGGCCUACACUAUUAUCACGAGCAUAUCGAGCCUUAAAGCCUGGUGGGUGGAUCGAGCUGCAAGAACUAAAAUUCCAAGUCAAAUGCGACGACGGAACGGUCCGCGAGGGCAACAAAAUCCAGCAUUUUUACGAAACCAUGGAGAGCGCACUCGGCCAUUUCAACGUCGAUCUGCUCGCUAUGCGACACAACAAAAAGAACGUCACCGAUGCGGGUUUUGUCGAUGUCACUGAGAUACCCUUCAAGAUCCCGAUCGGCACGUGGCCGAAAGACCCCCGGCUGAAAAUGGUUGGGCUCUACAACAGGAGCAUGAUUCAAGAUGCGCUGUAUGGAGUUGCCGUGAGGCCAUUUACGCGGGGGCUCAAGUGGACACUGGAGGAGCUGGAGGUCUAUCUAGUGGAUGUCCGCAAGGAAUUAACAGACAACAGCCAACACGGUUACAUGCCAUUUAAUGUUGUCAUAGGGCAAAAACCAAGAUAA